AUGACCAAUGUACCUGAACUUACUUUUGAGGCAGCUAAACCUACUUGUAAGGCAGGGGAUGACCGUCUCUCGGCACUCGGCCAUUCCUUCGAAUUCGGCCAUACCUUCGAGCCGACUGACGACCAUCUCAGGCGAGCGCUCGCACAGCCAAGCUUUCACAUACAUGUGGAAAAGCAGGGGAAACGAACGCAUGGAUGGGUGAGAUGGUGGCCUGCGAAGUUUGAUGGCCGUACGGCAUUUGUGGCCAAGUCUUCAAACCCACCCACUGACAGUUCAGUUGAAGAAGAAGAGCGAUACGAUCCGAAUUGUUGUUUCAAUUACAAACCUGUCACCCUGGAGCGAUUGGCCGAACUCUUUGGUCAAUUUGGUCAAGAGAUUCCGGAUUGGAUGGAUCGAAGUUUCACCACUUUGGACAGAGCAGUCUUGCGGAAUACGAGCCGCAAACUGAAAGAGGUUCAGUGCGACACGAAGACUCGCUCGGGUAUAGAUUCGAUCAAGGACAUGAUCGACGACUUGGCUGCGGCCAACGAAGAGGACAUCGAAACCGUCAAUUCUUGGUUGGGAACAGGAAUGUCGGGCUUCCGAAGCCAGAUCAUGACCAUGCUUGAUGAGUGCAUUCGGGAAGGCAAAAGUUCCACCACAAGCGCUAGUCAGCAGGGAUCGCAGGAGGACGAGCCCAUAUCGGAGUACGUGCUUGUACACAGACAAGCGGAUCAGUGA